AGAGUUGAUAUUACAGGUGUUUCUAAAGUUUCAAAAAUGUUAGCCACAAUAACAUUACUUGCAUUCCAGCUGUGACCACCACUGCAACCCCUACCACAGGACAUCCAACAACAACAGCUGCCCCCACAACUACUAUAGCCGUAACCACAACCACUCUCCCAACUACUACUAAAGCUCCAACCACAACAGCUGUGCCCACAACAACUUCAGCCCCAACCACAACAGCUGCCCCAACUACUACCAAAGCUCCAACCACAACAGCUGCCCCAACAACUACAGAAGCUCCAACCACAACAGCUGCCCCCACAACAACUUUAGCUCCAACCACAACAGCUGAACCCACAACAGCCUUAGCCCCAACCACAACAGCCUCUUCCACAACUACUUUAGCUCCAACGACAACAGUUGCCCCCACAACUACAUUAACCCCAACCACAACAGCUGUUCAAACAACUACUGAAGCUCCAACCACAACAGCUGCCCCCACAACUACUUUAGCCCCAACCACAACAGCUGCCCCAACAACUACUAAAGCUCCAACCACAACACCUGCCCCCACAACUACUUUAGCCCCAACCACAACAGCUGCCCCAACAACUACUAAAGGUCCAACUACAACAGCUGCCCCCACAACUAUGUCAGCUUCAACAACAACAGCUGCACCUACAACUACUUUAGCCCCAACCACAACAGCUGGCUCGACAACUACAUUAGCUCCAACAACAACAGCUGCCGCCAUAACUACUUCACCUCCAGAAACAACAACCACCCCCACAACUACUAAAGCUCCAACCACAACACCUGCCCCCACAACUACUUUAGCCCCAACAACAACAGCUCCCCCAACAACAACAGCUGCCGCCAUAACUACUUCACCUCCAGAAACAACAGCCACCCCCACAACUACAAAAGCUCCAACCACAACACCUGCCCUCACAACUACUUUAGCCCCAACAACAACAGCUCCCCCAACUACUACUGAAGCUCCAACAACAACAGCUGCCCCAACUACUACUAAAGCUCCAACAACAACAGCCGCUUCCACAACUACUAUAGCCCCAACCACAACAGCUCCCCCAACAACUACUAUAGCCCCAACCACAACAGCUCCCCCAACAACUACUAAAGCUCCAACCACAACAGCUGCACCCACAACAACUUUAGCCCCAACCACAACAGCUGGCUCGACAACUACAUUAGCUCCAACAACAACAGCUGCCGCCAUAACUACUUCACCUCCAGAAACAACAGCCACCCCCACAACUACUAAAGCUCCAACGACAACAGUUGCCCCCACAACUACUUUAGCCCCAACAACAACAGCUCCCCCAACUACUACAAAAGCUACAACCACAACAGCUGCCCCCACAACUACGUCAGCUUCAACAACAACAGCUGCACCCACAACUACUUUAGCCCCAACCACAACAGCUGGCUCGACAACUACAUUAGCUCCAACAACAACAGCUGCCGCCAUAACUACUUCACCUCCAGAAACAACAGCCACCCCCACAACUACAAAAGCUCCAACCACAACACCUGCCCCCACAACUACUUUAGCCCCAACAACAACAGCUCCCUCAACUACUACUGAAGCUCCAACAACAACAGCUGCCCCAACUACUACUAAAGCUCCAACAACAACAGCCACCCCCACAACUAGUAAAGCUCCAACCACAACAGCUCCCCAAACUACUACUAAAGCUCCAACAACAACAGCCGCUUCCACAACUACUAUAGCCCCAACCACAACAGCUCCCCCAACAACUACUAUAGCCCUAACCACAACAGCUCCCCCAACAACUACUAAAGCUCCAACCACAACAGCUGCACCCACAACAACUUUAGCCCCAACCACAACAGCUGGCUCGACAACUACAUUAGCUCCAACAACAACAGCUGCCGCCAUAACUACUUCACCUCCAGAAACAACAGCCACCCCCACAACUACUAAAGCUCCAACCACAACAGUUGCCCCCACAACUACUUUAGCCCCAACAACAACAGCUCCCCCAACUACUACUGAAGCUCCAACAACAACAGCUGCCCCAACUACUACUAAAGCUCCAACAACAACAGCCACCCCCACAACUAGUAAAGCUCCAACCACAACAGCUCCCCAAACUACUACUAAAGCUCCAACAACAACAGCCGCUUCCACAACUACUAUAGCCCCAACCACAACAGCUGCCCCAACAACUACUAUAGCCCCAACCACAACAGCUCCCCCAACUACUACAAAAGCUACAACCACAACAGCUGCCCCCACAACUACGUCAGCUUCAACAACAACAGCUGCACCCACAACUACUUUAGCCGCAACCACAACAGCUGCUCCCCACAACUACUACUAA